CCGAUCCAAAUGAACCACAUCCUCAACACCUCCACCUCGACACCACGACAGCAAUAGCAAACAACCAUGCCACCACGCAAAUCCACCUCACCCAGCGCCUCCCUCAAACCCAACCCCCCAAAACCCACCAAACCCUCCACCCCUCGCGCCUCACCCACCUCCAUAAAAACCGCCCAAAACGCCCAAAAAAUCCUCCAAGGAAUCUGGAACAACUACCUCACCAGCACUCCUCAAAGAGUAAAACUCAUAGACUUCUUCCUAGCCUUCCUAAUCCUCGUCGGAGCCUUACAAUUCGCGUAUUGCGUUUUGGCUGGGAACUACCCUUUCAACGCCUUCCUCUCAGGUUUCAGCGCAACAGUAGGACAAUUUGUUCUCACGGCGAGUUUGAGAAUGCAGACGAAUCCGGAGAAUCAGAAGGAUUUUGAGAAGAUUUCGCAUGAGAGAGCGUUCGCGGACUUCGUUUUCGGGAGCAUGAUUUUGCAUUUCUUCUGCGUCAACUUUAUCAACUAGAUGUUAGUUCGAAAUGACGAGACGAGAGUUGCAAGAGAUGAUCCACCGCGCGAAGAAGCAUAUCGGUACGGUUGGGCGACAAGGGCAUGGGAAGAUUGGCCGAGAUGCGUAGGCGUCUAGGGACGGAACCGCAUCACCGCGAAAUCCGCGACCAGAU